AUGUACAGGGGGGAGAUAUUUGCCUACCCUCUGUAUCUUCAGAAGGAGCUCAUGCCAGCCAAGGCACAAUUCUUUGCAAUGGAUGUGGCUUGCAAAUAUUGGCCAUACUUGGAGAAAGCUGCUAGUGUCCUUCCUGCUCUUCAAGAUCUGACCACAAUGAAACCUUUCCUCAGUGUGAUGCAUGCUCGAGCCCAUGCUACUAAGUGUGAACUACCUCUCACGUUGUGCCCAGACAACCAAAUAUAUGUCCAAAGCAGCACGGGUACACAUGCUUACGUUGAUGUAGAGAGAGACGUUUUUUGUGGUUCCACCCCAUUGCAUGCAGUCACUUUCAACAAGAUAUGUGAAGAGACACCAAAUACAUCUCAUGGCAGUCAAGGCACCGCACACAGAGGACUUCAGCAGUCAAUUGAGGGGCUUUACCUUAGUGUGAGGCAGCGGAAGCAAACCCUUUACCGUCAGAAUGACCACAGCAAGCUUCGCCACCGCCUUCGAAGGAAGCUGGCAGAAGACAAAAAGCUCCUCCUUCAGGAGAUCGAGAAAUACAAUGGUCUUGUACUAGACUCUGCCACUAACAUUGAUGUAGCUGUGGUGGAGCAUUCCCUGACUGGAGAGAGCACUGUGUCUCAAAUAUGGCCGUGGGAGGUUCAUGGCAGUGCAAACAUUUCGAUCAAGAAACAGCUGCAUGAUCAAGUGAUGUUGACAGUGCGACUGCAAGAGGAAAAAAGCAUUUUGGUGUUGGAGAUGGCACAACACUGCACAUGUUUGCAGAGCCUGGCAGUGGUUCUGAAGAACAAGAUAGCUGAGGAGGAUGUAGACAAGGGAAAUGAGGGACUUUGCUGUCUCUUAAGAAGACGACUGUCAGAGGUGUCAGAAAGGUUGCAAGUGCUCCUCCAACAGUACAAGACUGCUUUAGGCCCUGAGGCCUCUGCCCUUCUACAUGUUGAAGUAGAAGAUCAAGGUGGCCUCAGUAGUCCAGACACCAGUGAGGAUGAAGAAAACACAAUUUAGAUGGAAGCUGCACAAAGGACUGUGUUGAAGGAAAUGGCCUUGCCCAGUGUCUGUGUAUUUUUAGUAUGUUGAUUGAUUUACCACAUCAAAAUCUGGAUGCAUUCUAUAUUGUUGAAAAUUAAACCUGUCUGUAGAUUGCCAAGUAAUUCAGUAAGCACAUGAAUGCUCCUUGAAGAUGCACAAACCUCUUAGUAUAGGUGCACCAAUCUCAGCCAAAAAUGUUAACUUUGCACAUAUCAUAUUACCAGAUGUAAUAUGACAUGAUAUUUGGGUAGUGUAUUCAUACUCCUUUAAGAGAGACUCCCCUUGAUUGCGGUGACCCUGUGACCUUUCCUUUUGUGUAAAACUCAAGGCUAAACUUUUGAUUUCUAAGUCAUUUGCUGAGCAUUCUCAAGCUUCCCAGGCAUUGAAUCCUGUCAGUUUUGUUGACCUCAUGACAUUCCCUGUAGCACAACCCUCAGACCAGAAUGUAGUGUUUGAUAUUUCUUAAAGAUGGUUAUUUCGUUUAUAAUUCUUCUGUCACUGUCAGUUUUGUCCUUACAGAGUUUCGGCGGGUCCUUAAAAAGUUAAACCAGUUAUAUCGAAUUUAAGGCCAUAAAAAUGUCUUAAAUGGUAUAAGACAGUCCUAAUUACGAUUUUUUUUUUUUUUCAUGAUUUUUAUGAUGGCUUCAUGUGACGAUUUAACUUCAAAAGGCUGUGAUUUCAUUGAAUAAAUGAGCCCUGCAUGUUUUAAAGUCAGAUGCUGUGCUGCUUUGUGUAGAUGCCGUUACCAGGGAACCCUGCUGACACAAAAUUAAUUGGCAUUGUUGUUCAGACCAAAUAAAAAAAUUAACACGAUUAAAUUAAAUCAAUAAAGUGAUAUUUUAUGUUAUUAUAUUAAUAUUGAUAAUUAUCGAUAAUUGUUUAAAUUAAUAUGAUACUUUUGCCUCGUCUAUUUUCUUAAAAGUUGUUGAAAUGUGAAGGUUAUUUUAUAAAACUGUUUUUGUGAAAAUCUUGUCUCUGAACUGUAAAUCAUGCUUUUCACAGUAAAACAUGCUUUUUUUUCAUUCACUCGUGGUAUUCAUUUUAUUUAUAAAAACUGUUAUAAUUUUACUUUAUGUUGCAUGUUAUUAGUUGACAAAUAACUUGAUUCCCUGUUCUGCUGGUGCUUUUCAAGUGAAAUUAAGCACAUGGUCCAGUGUUAAUAAAUACAGCCUUAUGGCUUGUUUUGCCGAUAUGCAUACUCAUAAUGUGGUGUAUUUUCACUGGAAAUUGUUGUGAACGGCAAGAAAUAAAGUAUUUCCAAAGACGAGCAUUUUAUGUUUUCAAUUCAUUCCCAGCGAUAUCCUCUGUGUGAUUGCACAGACACUAUUUGAACUGAAAUGAGCUGGAUGAUGACAUCACUGAAUCAAUGAUGAACUGCCUUUAACUGAAAAUUGAGUUUAAUAUUGUCUUUUUGCAUUUUGACACCCUAUUUCCCUAUUUAAUACUGUAAAGCUGCUUUGACACAAUCUGAAUUUUUAAAAGCACCAUAUAAAUAAGGGUGGCUUAACUUUUCCAUACAUUGUUGUUUAAAAAUAAAAUGCGAUUUCAUGGUUGAUACAAGGUAAUAGCUGGAGGGAAAAGGAAAGAGAUAUAAAUUAAACAUUUAUAUGUGGAAUCUUGUUUCAUUUGACAUCACACAGCAUUAUUAACUAAUAACUUUGUCUUUUUACUUAUCUUCAAACAACCUGAUCUUGCUUGUAAUUAAACUUGAGAUAUAGAAGUAAUGUGUAUAGUAAGGUAUAUAUACAUGUUAAUGCAUGCAAAACUUUUUAUUAGUAUUUGUACAUUUAAUGCAUGUAUUUGGACAUUUGUAGGGGAAAAAGUUGGUCUGGUGGGGAGUGGCUAGAAACGGGAGAGUUUUUGUCUGUGUGAGUGUAUUUGUAUUUUGUCUGUUUUGCUUUAUGUACGACAAUUAAAUGCAAAGAAUUAAGAAUUAAUUUAUGUUAACGGACCUUUAAAGUUUACAAUCUAUAACCAAUAAAACAUGGAAAAAAAAAAAAAGUUAUUUGUUGUGAAAAUACAGCAGCGGUCUAAUAAACAAAAAGCACAAUACAUUCUGGAAAAAUCCAAUACAUAAAUCAACCAUUUUAACUGUUUUAAUGAAAUAAUGACUAAUCUUUCAACAGGGUGACAUUUAAUGCAUUCUUCUCUUCGGUGUCUCAACUGACAGACUUGCCAUAAACAAACGCACAUUUUAGUGUGACCAGACGUCCCCGUUUUCCGGGGACAGUCGGUUUUUGGUGUCCUGUCCCUGACUGGAGCGGUCCCCAGAAAUGUCCCCGUUUUACCGCACGUUCAAAACAACCCGCAAACACACCGUAAAUGCCUGACCAAUAGCCAGCUGGCCAUCGUAUGACUGAUUAUUUUAACCAGCAGCGAGCUACUGGUUACUUGCACAAUUUUAGACAUUCCUGAAACUUCCGUCGUCACAACUCCGAUUUGAAUAUUAUAAAAGUAAUAAUCAGUUACGCUUGAACAAUUACAGUUGCAGAAAGCACAUACUUUAUUGUCAAAAUGAGCCUAAAAUGAAAAAUAAUAAGCCUGAUUAGAAAAGAUCCAUUUCCAAAAGCACAAACAUAAAAUUCAAAAAAGUUGUACAUACUGUAAUCAUUAAAUGUUACUUUCUUUCAUGUGCCAGAUUGUUUAUAAUGCCAACAUAUGUUAGGAAGUGUUGUCAAAUCAUAAUAGAGCAAAUAGUUUGAAGACAAUGACCAGUGUCGAUUCACCAUGAACAUUUUAUUCAUAGACAUGAUUAGGACGCUGCAAACACUAAAGCAAACAUGCAGAGCUGUUAAGAAACUAGUUUCCUAGAUAUAAAUUACACACACUGAAUGUUGUUACAUUAUCACUGUGUUGUAACUAAAGACAAAUGAAUGCUCAGUAGCCACAUUCUGAAAGUCUAUGCAGUCUUAGCAGUUCAGUAAUGACUUACAGCUCUUUUAUGUCCUGUAAAGAUUUUAACUGAUCUUGUUAAAGAACUUACACCAUAAAGAGAAACAGUCUUAGUUUUGAAUACCAGCACAACUUGUUGCUUGAUAGAUGAUCCAAGUGUGGGCACUGUAUUGUCUGCUCAUUUUUCCUUAAUAUUUAAAGUCAGUUUUAGGUUUCUGUGUUCACUUUUAUCAUUGAAACAUACAACAACCCAAAACAUAAAGGUACUUAAUUAGAUGUAGUGCACAUAAGGUAUAAAACCAUGAGAUAAAAAAAUAUAUAUAUAAUCAUCAUAUAAUAGUAGAAUUUUACUAGCAUUGCCUUUUUCACAGCAGUGAUCAAUACAAACUGGACAAAUAUCAAGAUAACUCAUUUGAUAACAGUAAUGACCAUAUUUAACUACAACUUAAGUGCUUCUUAAGCACUGUUUUAAAGCUGUAGAAUAUGUCAUAUGUACAAGCACAAUUUAAAAAAAAAACUAGUGACAAAACAAUAGAUAUAAGAAAUCAAUUUAUACACUGCAGGCGUGGCUUAAGGGCCCAAACAUGUCCAAAUACAUUUUAGGGCUACUGUAUUUAUGAGCAGAAAAUUAUAAAUGAUCAACUAGCGUAUUCAAAAUACAGGGCAGCCAAUCUGACAUUAGUGGAGGUGCGUUAUAUACACGGUGAAGCAAGCAAGCAGAAAAAUGUUCUUAAUUUUCAAACAAGGUUAUUCGUGCUGCUGUUAGAAACAAUAUUCUAAAACACAAAGUGCAAAAUAGAUUAAAACUUACUUUUAGGGGUACUGAAGCAGAAUUGUAAACUGAGAUUUGUAUGUGUAUGUGAUCUUUUUCAUUUCAGCUGUUUCAUGAAUCACUUUUUACAAUCAAGACAUUGACUGAAAUACAACCCUAGUAAAUGGUCACUGAGAAAAGUGUGCACUAGCCCUGCCUGGUCUCCCUACAUAUGUAGUUGGCCCUCUUGCAGUAUGUUAUUUCACAUGCUGUCUAUUUGUUGUUGUGUCAGGAAUGAGUGAGGGUGCGUCUCAAUCAGCUCCCUUGUUCAGUAGUCAGGGCACUGAUCAGGGAGUCGGCCAUUCUAAGGGUCUCAAUCGUGAAAUCCUUCCAGUGCACUGGAACGUUCGCUCCCUGAAAAAUCCCACAAUGCAUCGCGAAUUCUAGGGAGCAUCAGCGCUCACUAUGCUCCCUUACCGGAAAUAACGUUACAUUUCUGAAACGCAAAAAAAAACCCACACGAGCCACACGCGAUAGAAGAUUUGAAAAGACAAACCGUUUUCUUGGUAUAUUUUAACAUGAACACACAUCGCUAGACAGGUAAUGAACACAUCUGAAGAGUGACAGACCACCAACCUACAAGAGCUCUUAGGUCUGCCAACUUAAGGCUCUUAGUGAUUCCCAGAACCAGACUCAAGUCUAGGGGUGAUCGAGCAUUCUCCGUAGCUGCUCCGAGACUUUGGAAUAGUCUUCCUACAGAAAUCAGGGCCGCCCCUACACUACCCAUUUUUAAAUCCAGGUUAAAAACAUUUUUAUUUGAACUGGCUUAUUACUCGUGAUUUGAUUUUGCUCUGCCCUGUGUUUUGCAGUGUUAUUUGUGACCUUGUUUUUGUUUUUAAUUCUGUUUGUGGUUACUUGUAAGACUUUCUCGUACAGCACCCUGGUCAACGAUAGUUGUGUUUAGUGGUGCUUUAUAAAUAAACUGAAUUGAAUUGAAUCUAAUAAACAUUUAUAAUUAAUAUUCAGCUGAAAUGUUGUAAGAACAAGUAACAGAACAAUGUCUUUAAAGAGAAUAAAAAAAUAAUAUAAAAAUGAGAAAGGUCCUGCCUGUUGUUUGUUAAUUCUAGCGAUGAUGUUCUACUAUAUUGUCCGUUGACGCUGUACGUAAUCAUGUCACUGGAAUUCGAGUGAUCACUGUCCCAACGUGCAGUGAGUCAGGGAACUUACCAGUGACCGAAUUCAUGUACAUGACCUACUGAUUCACGACCUCGGGAGCAAUGGAGCUGAUUGAGA